CGAGUUGAGAUGACACUGAGCACUCGGCCGAUCCCCCGGCGUGUACUCGAAUUACUCGGCCCGACACUAAACACUCUGGCGACACGAAACUACGUCAACGCGAUCCACCAAGCCACGACUCUUGCUGACACACACGCGGGUACAAUGAAAGAACGCACACUGCGCGUCCUCUUACGGUGGGCCGAGGAGGGGGUGGAGGUGCUUGCGGUACUUAAUAUAUUAAGUACCGUGCACAGGCGACAAGGCAAGACUGACCCGCAGGGCGCCCGCAGCAUCAGCAUACCAUGCCCGAGCUCCUCGUGCGCCUCCUCCUCGGACUCCUCUUCGUCGCCCUGCGCGCGCAGUUCUACCCGCUUCUCAAGCUGAUGGGCUACCGCCGCUUUGAGCCGCAGCAAGGCUCAGUGCUCGUGACGUGCUGCACUAACGGUCUGGGCCACUUGCACCAGAUGGAGAGGGUGCUUGCCGUCCUCGAGGAGGCGGGCGUCGACUUCCCAGUCAUCGCGCUCGCCAAGGAGAAGAAGGUCCCGUCCUACAAGCUCGUCGCGCUCAAGCAUCGCUUCCCGCACGCUCGGUUUGUCGAUCUCGACUUUGAGGUGGACUAUGACAAUGGCAAGUCGUUUAAAAACUCGGCGAUCGUGUGGAACGCCGCAAAGACGGCGGGUACGCGCUCCGUCCAGCUCUCGCGCAAGGUUGCCGCCCUCUUCAAGCAGUACCGCCCCGCAUACUGCCUCUCCUUCUGGGAGCCUGCCGUCGCCUCGAUCAUCAACGUGAUGAAUGCGCCGACGAGGCUCAUCGCUGUCGCCUCCCAAGGCCAAAUCUACCGCGACAGCUCUGGCGACGAGCGGGGCUUGCUCAUGCGAGGCUUGCACCAGCUCUGCGUCGGGCCGCGCGGCACGCUCGUGCCCCUCUCGGUCCUCCCGAUGGAGGGCGCCAUCCCGCAGAUCGUGUCGCUGCCGCCCGCGGCGCCGCUCCUCCUCGACGACGGUGGUUUCUACGUGGCCUACACGACGGUUCCGCAGGUGCUCUCUCCGCUCAAGUCCAAGCUUGCGGGACGGAGGGUCCUCCUCUUCGUCAAGGAGAAGCGGCUGGCCUACUACACCUCAAAGUACAAGCGCUACCCGCACGUGACCGUGCAGCCAGCCUCCCCUCGAUUCGCGCACUACCUGGCUCGCUCCCGCGGCCUCAUCGCCACUCCCAGCCGAGGCGUGGUCACGCAGGCCCUUGCAGUCGGCAAGCCGGUCUACCUGUUUUGCCCGCGCGGCCACCUUGAGCAGGAGUACAAUCUGCGCUUCUACCUGAAGCACUUUGCUGCCGUCACUUCGCCCCGCACGCGCCGCUACCGCCGGCUGCUGCGCGUUGGGCGUGCCGGCACACUUCCGAGCGGAUGGCAGGGGCGGCUCGAGAGCCUCGCCGAGUGGGACGCCGGCCACGCGGCGCGCGAGGGCGCGCGCGCCUCGCAGGGCCGCACUCUCUCCGAGUGGCUGAGCCAGACAGACGAGCUGAUUGCAAAGCGGCUGCUGCCUCUCCUCACGCCCGCACCUGCCGACGCCGCGGCGGGCGAGGCGGCGGCAGCCGCGGGGCGGGGCGGCGCGGCGGCGGAAAGGGCGGCGAGUGGAGGUGCGGCUAGCCCCGCCGGGCCCUCGCCGGGGGCGGCUUCUCCCCUCGCCUCGCCAGUGGCCCCGUGGGUGGAAGAGGCGCUGAGGGGUGGGGCGGUUGCGGCAGAGGGCGGGACGGGGGCGGAGGAGGAGGCUGACGAGGACGAGGGCGAGGACGAGGACGAGGACGAGGACGAGGAGGCUGACGAGGGCGACGAAGACAAGGGCGAGGGCGGCGCACGUGGACAUGGCGCAUGAUCAUGAAGAUGUAACAUGAGUUGUUGUUGGAGCGACUAGUGUACUAGAGUACGUUCCU